AACGACUGUCAACUUUUUUACAACUCUGUUAUCUACGCGCUGUUUUUGACAACUGUACAAUAUUAUAUUUUUCACAGAAUAUUUUAGAAAAUCUAAUACAAUUUUCACAAAAAUACCAUGAAUUCAGCCACAAAAGUGGGUGAAAUAUUCACAGCUGCUGGUCAGGCAUUUAGUCGUUUGGGCGAUUUAACUAUGCAAUUGCAUCCUAAUGCAGAAUCACCAGCUGGAAAAUGGACUGAUGAAGAAAUUGAUAUGUUACAUGCAUCAAUAAUACGAUUCUCGGACGAUUUAAAUAAAAUCAGUUUAAGCAUUAAAAAUAGGACAGUAACACAAAUAAGACAGGCCUUAAAGAAAAAAGCAUUUGAAGAUGCUGGCAUACCAGCUAAACAAGUGCCAGUACAACAAGUACAUCAUGUCGUGCAAACGGUGCAACAGAUACAACAACAACCAAUACAACAGCAACAGAUUACACAGCAACAAACAACAACUCAUCAGAUAAUAAAACAACAUCAUCUACAACAACAACCGCAGCAGCAAGCAACAGUUAUCGCCACAGGUGUAAUCAAUUCACAACAACAGCAUCAUUUACAUCAGCAGCAACAGCCGCAGCAGCAACAACAGCAGCAUCAAACAGUUCAUAUACAAAAUGUUCAACAUAUUGUACCGUUGCAGCAGGUACUUCAACAAUCAUCUUCCUCAUCCGCAACAUCAUCGUCGUCAGGCAACACUUCAACACAAAUUCUGCAAACCACACCGAAACAGAUUAUAAUACAAGCCUCACCACAUGUCACCCCAUCGGUGGGCACCAGCAGCAACAAUUUGGUGGGUAAUCAAGUUUCACUCAAUAACAUCACCUCGACGGCGAAUAUUGUUGCAACGGGAUCACCACAGUUGACACAACCUCAAAUAGUUCAUUUACAGCCACAACAGUUGCAACAACUGCAACAUGCACAACAACAACAGCAGCUGCAGCAACAGCAGCAACAAACACAAGUAAUACAACCUUCCCAUACCACGACUACAACAACAACUGUUACCAUACAACAAUUCCAGCAAAUGCAGGCUCAAAAAGCAUUAUUGGCCGCAGCAGCUGCGGCAGCAUCGGCUAAUACUUCGACGAAUGUUGCAAACACAACAAAUACAAUAUCGACGACACCCACAACCCCUGCCACAGCUACUGUUACCGAAAAUAUUGUAAUACAACAACCAACAACACAACAAAUUGUCACAGGUCCCUCGACAAAUACAACGACUUUGGUGGCAGCUAACACCAACAAUAAUGCUGUAGGCAACACAACUAUCAGCAAUAAUAUGAUAACAAAUGCCACCAACAUUAUAACCAAUACUAACGCUGUGACAUCCACAACUAUUGCCGCUAGCACAGUGCCAAAUAUAGCGGCCACCUCAGUGGCGCUGAAAUCUGGACCAGAUGUAACAAUGACAUUGAAUCGCAUCAAUACAACAGAACAUGAAGUUGAUGUUGAAGAAUGUUUGCCCGCUGAUGUUGUAAAAUUGGAUUUUGCUGGCGAAGAAGUUGCUGGAUGAAAUUUAACUUCCCAAACCAACAAUCGAGCGAUUACACUAACAGCAUCGCCUACACAAACAGCAAUAAUAUCAUCUCCACCUCAUCACCAGCACCAUUAUCAGAAAACACAAUCACAACCAGUACGUCAUUUAACCACAGCAGCAACUACAACAUCAUCUAGAAGAACUAACUUAGAGUUAGCCAAUGUCAUACACACAGUUACGGCAACAGAGGAGGAAGAUGAUGAAAGUGAAAAUCAUCAUGAUCCUCAUCAUCAUCACCACCACCAUGAUACAGCAACAGACGUAAUAGAUGAAGAUUUUUAUUUUUAAAUAAUAUUUUAAAUUUUUCUCAUACCAUUUUCCUUAGAAAUUAAAUCCUUCGUUCCGCUUCCCCUAAUAAUAAUAUUAAAAUUGUUAAUAAUUCUUUGUAUUAUUUUAACAAAGUAUAUUAUUAUUACUUUACUUAAAACUUAAAGUUAACGAAAUUACUUUUAUUUUAUAUUUUCCUUUAGUGUUUAUGAUUUAUUUUUUUUAUUAAUUCUAAAAGAAAUAUUAAUAUAUACAACUGAAUUUUAAUUUAUUUCAAUUUUUUUUUCGUUUUCUUCUCUCCACUCCGGUUGCACUCGUUGAGCAUAUGAGGGUUUAACCCGAAAGAAAAUUGUAAACAAAAUUUUAAAAUUCAAAAUUUUA